CUUCGGCCCAUUGUCAUUAAAUAGUCCAUUAUUUACACACAUACCAGUCUAGGGUUUCUUCUUCUUCUGCUACAACAAGUGCAGCCACACCAAACCCUAUCCUCUCCGCCCAUCCAUUUCCAAGCAGCAUGAUCAUCCCCGACAAGAACCGUAAGGCAAUCUCCAAAUACCUCUUUCAAGAGGGUGUUUGCUUUGCUAAGAAGGAUUACAAUUUGGCGAAGCAUCCCGAAAUCGAUGUACCAAAUCUGCAGGUGAUUAAGCUCAUGCAGAGCUUCAAAUCGAAGGAGUAUGUGAAGGAGACAUUCGCUUGGAUGCAUUACUACUGGUAUUUGACCAAUGACGGGAUCGAGUUUCUCAGAACUUACUUGAAUCUUCCAUCUGACAUUGUUCCUGCCACUUUGAAGAAAUCAGCUAAGCCUCUUGGACGUCCUUCCGGUGGACCUCCUGGUGACCGCCCACGUGGUCCUCCUAGAUUUGAAGGCGAUAGGCCAAGAUUCGGUGACCGUGAUGGUUAUCGUGGUGGUCCAAGAGGGCCUCCCGGUGAGUUUGGUGCUGAUAAGGGCGGAGCUCCAGCUGAUUACCAGCCUGCUUUUAACAGGGGUGGUGCUGGUGGAAGGCCUAGCUUUGGGCGUGGAGGUGGCGGCUUUGGAGGCGGUGCACCACCAAGCUCAAGCUUCUCUUAAACGUUAUAGUCUACUGGUUUUUGUUUGUUGAAUUUGAAAAUGUCUGGAAUCACUUUUAUGUUACUGUUAUAGUACUUGAGUUUUGUUAUCUAGUGAUUUUGUUGAAUCUUGGAUUUUGUUUAUUGUUGAUCACAUAUUGUUCUGCUGAAUUA